AUGUCUGGAAUUCCGGAUGAAUUUUAUACAUUUAUGGUUAGCACUGCUGACAACCACAUUGUCACGGGGAUAGAAAGCAAUAACUGUGUCAUAAAUCUCGACAACAAUUGUCCACGCUUCAUGGAUCUGAAAGGAGCCAUUAGGUUCUCGACUGACAGUGCCAACUUUCUUUCAUGCAAUGUAGUUGCUGAUGCUGGAAAACACUAUCUUUACGUCUAUUCAACAAGCAAUUGGCAAAUGAUUCGGAAGAUGAACAUUCACAUAUUUGUUAAUGAUCUACGAACUGCGUCACAUCCUUGGACCCAAGUUGAAUCAGUAAAAAGUUCGCUACACGGUGAGCUUUUUGUGAGCAUCGAAAAAUGGGACGUCCUGUCAUUUUGGUCUAUACCAGAAUGCAAGCUGUUGACCCGUUGUCAAAGCAGUCAUUUUGUAGACGUCGACGCAAGGCAAACCAUCUUUGCCCACUCUCCUAACAGAAAAAUGCUUGCAACCUGGACUCCAACCGAAAGGCUUGUCAUCUUUUUAUGUGAAGACGGUAUCUUAUUCUCGGAUUCGAUGGCCCCAAAAGAACAUUUAGGCGAUCGUAGUAAAUCAGUGAGGCAGUUAGUGUGGAUUGGGAACAAACAUAUAAUGAUUGUCGAUGCAGUCGGUGGAACGAAAUGGGACAUUAAUACAUAUGAUCUUAUCAGUGAAUACCAUGAUUUUGGAAAGAUGCCCAUCUUCAAAUCUACAGGAGAAGACGUCUAUGCUACCUGUGAUAGUGAUAACAACAUUCCAGUGAUCAAGCAGUUAACCGAAACAGACCUAACAGCUUCAUUCGACAAAGGUACAGAGCGGUCGGAAGGAACAACAAAACUGUGUAAAUACGAUGGCACGACGCUUUAUGAAACAGGCAUGAAGUAUGUUGAUGGCGGGAAUCAGGACAAAUUGCAUGAAAUUGUUGAGCUUAUGGUAGAACCAUGGUACUUUCAGAACAAUCGAACUACAACAAUAUUUCUGCUAGACGAUUACAAUAAUCAAGUACUUCUUUUCGGCAAACAGACAAUACAGAUGUGGAACUUUGCAUCUGAAAAACCAAGCUUACAAUACAUUUGGUGCAAACCACCACUACCUGCA